CCUCCUCCCUCCCGGCCGCCCUCUCCCAGCCAAACUGAAAGCCGGGCCCCAGGCCGCCUCCCCGCCGCCGCCCCCCCACCCCGCGCCGUCCUCCCUGCGAUCGCUCCACCAUGGACAUUCCCGUUUUCACCUCAUAAAGAUGGCGGUGCGGGAUCGCUGCAACCUUUAGACUAAUGACUGUCCGAAACAUCGCCUCCAUCUGUAAUAUGGGCACCAAUGCCUCUGCUCUGGAAAAAGACAUUGGUCCAGAGCAGUUUCCAAUCAAUGAACACUACUUCGGAUUGGUCAAUUUUGGAAACACAUGCUACUGCAACUCCGUGCUCCAAGCGCUGUACUUCUGCCGGCCGUUCCGUGAGAAUGUGUUGGCAUACAAGGCCCAGCAAAAAAAGAAGGAAAACUUGCUGACAUGCCUGGCAGACCUUUUCCACAGCAUUGCCACGCAGAAGAAGAAGGUUGGUGUGAUUCCACCAAAGAAGUUCAUUUCAAGGCUGAGAAAAGAGAAUGAUCUCUUUGAUAACUACAUGCAGCAGGAUGCCCACGAAUUUCUAAAUUAUUUGCUAAACACUAUUGCAGACAUCCUGCAGGAAGAGAAGAAACAGGAAAAACAAAAUGGAAAAUUAAAAAAUGGCAACAUGAAUGAACCUGCGGAAAAUAAUAAACCAGAACUCACCUGGGUCCAUGAGAUUUUUCAGGGAACGCUCACCAAUGAAACUCGAUGCUUGAACUGUGAAACUGUUAGUAGCAAAGAUGAAGAUUUUCUUGAUCUUUCUGUUGAUGUGGAGCAGAAUACGUCUAUUACCCACUGCCUAAGAGACUUCAGCAACACAGAAACACUGUGUAGUGAACAGAAAUAUUAUUGUGAAACAUGCUGCAGCAAACAGGAGGCUCAGAAAAGGAUGCGAGUUAAAAAGCUGCCCAUGAUUUUGGCCCUCCACCUCAAGCGGUUCAAGUACAUGGAGCAGCUCCACAGGUACACCAAGCUGUCUUACCGGGUCGUCUUCCCUCUGGAGCUCCGGCUCUUCAACACCUCCAGUGACGCGGUGAACCUGGACCGCAUGUAUGACCUGGUGGCCGUGGUGGUUCACUGUGGCAGUGGUCCGAAUCGUGGGCACUAUAUCACUAUUGUGAAAAGUCAUGGUUUCUGGCUUUUGUUUGAUGAUGACAUUGUAGAGAAAAUAGAUGCUCAAGCUAUUGAAGAAUUCUAUGGCCUGACAUCGGAUAUAUCAAAAAAUUCAGAAUCUGGAUAUAUUUUAUUCUAUCAGUCAAGAGAAUAACUUAAAGAACUUGGAACUAAUUCAAGUGGGGAAAAAUGUUCAAAGCACCAUUACCUGGUUUCUCUGCAGAUUUUCUCCUUUCCCAGUGGCCCACCAGUGGCAUCACUCCGAGUCGCAAUGGUCUGGAUGUGUUAGACUCUCUCCCAUUUUUUUUUUUUUUACAUGCCGCACUACUCUUGGCUUUAUUUUAGUGUGAGGUAGAGUUAACUGCAGUCAGAUUGUAGUAAGAUUUAUAUGAAUAACAGUUGCCGAUUUUAGGAUUGGGUAUAUAUGCUGUGCCACUCACCGUGUCUGGCUGAAUUAGAACAUUGUCAAUGAAACGUCUACAUUUCUAUUUUGGGUCUUUGCUAAACUUCAUAAAUGCCUUCCAGGGGAUCCUUCCAAUGCAUUCCUUUUGACUCGUCCUUGGAAGGAGUGCUACCCAUUUUUAGCUUCUCCGCCUCUUUUCUGACAGAAGAACUGGGUAGUUGUUUACCUUCUUGGGCUGCAGCUAUAGCUUUAAGUUUGUGCAAGUGAAAAAGCUUAAGAGUCAGUAACCUUGAUAUUAAAACCAUCCUCCAUGUGGAACCAGAGUGAAGAGUGGCUGUUCACAGUGGUUAGCACCCGCACUCGUUGUGCAUAACUAGCCAUUAGAAUUUCAGGGGCUACAAAGGUGUGGAGCUCAGGGCAGGCAAAGCCAAGAAGAGGAAGCUUUUGUGGACCGUGAAAAAGUUAACUUUUCUUACCUUUCUACCAAACGAAGUUUCAGGAAAAUAGCUAUAUGCUGUUUGUUUUUAGCGAAACCCUUAAAACCUUUUCUUCUGUAAGGUCCUGUGAGUAGUAGUUAUCCUUUUUCUGAUACCGCUAGGCUUUUCAAAGUAUCUUUCCAAUCCUUCUGAUGUUUCACAGUCUGUGGUUGCAGAGCUGAGACACCACAUUGACUUCAUCUGGCGCAACUCUCCUUAGCCAGAAAAUACCGACAUUAUUCUUGUAUCAGGAAUAAUGAAAGCACUGCACCUUUCCAGCCAUCCACCGUACAACUGUUAACUUCUUAAUAUUUUCAGUCUGUUUCCUGAGGCACUGGCAAGUCCCAGGGCUAAUACAGAACCUUUCCUAGAGGAAAUACUGGAAUUAGCUGGUAUGAAGGUAGUCAUAGGAAGUGUCAGUGAGCAGGUGGGGGAAUGAACAAAAUGAACAAAAUGGUGGUUGUUUCUUUGGCUCAGACUCCUAGGAAGCUUGACAAGGCGGAGCUUUUGGAAUAACCUCAUCUCACUAUAAUUACUUUGACUUGUUUUCUUUUUUGUUGUAUCUGUAUUUAUUAGAGCAUUUGAGUAUUGGUACCUUUUAUUAAAAGGGUCAAUUUGGUGUUUUGCUGUUAAGCUGGUUUUCGGUUUCCUACAAAUAUUAUGAGUAAAGUUUAUUGGCUUCUCUAUGGGAAGUCAAUGAACUUCCAUACACUAUAAUAUACUGUGAACGUAUUAUUUUGUUACCUAAUGAAUCAGUGAAUAAACAUGCAAACUUUUGGCAAAUGUGAACUAAAAUUGAAAUUGAAAAUGUUAGUGGCCAUUUUGCAACAAGUAAAAGGAUAGCACUUUAGAUGAAAACUGGAUUUCUUAUCUUUGAAAUACCUUGAACUGCUUAUUGCUCAUAACUUAAAUAAGCAUGCCAACACUUCAUUUGUUCAUGCUUGAGGUGAAAUAUUUUCACUGGAGAAGACAAAAACAUGGUGAUCUUUGUGUUAUUGUUUUAUACAAGUGACAGAAAUAUACCUUGCCUUGUUUAGAGGCUAAUUCAUAUCUAUAAAUAUUUGUCUUUUUUUCCUCCACUAAACAUAUGCAGUAAUCACUUACCUCAAAGGUAAUCCUUUAUUCUGUUUUAAAGGAGGAACACUUCCCAAUUGAAGCUGAUCGAUACAGGGACAUAUUUGUACAAUAUAUAACCAUUGACUACAGGUUGCAAAGUAUUUUAAAAAUGAUAGCUGAUCUCUAAUAUAUUUGGAACUGAUUCAUAAGAAAAACUAUUAAAAUUGUCUUUGAAAUGACUCUUGGAACUAAUUUGUUAGGAAAAAAGUUUCAGUUGGAAACUCAUAUAAUGGUUAGAUGCUAAAAGGUUCAAUGCAUUUCUUUUUUCUUUGGGGGUAUGAAUAGUUUUUCCCAGUAACUUAACUGCAUUUAUUCCUUUUAGUAAGAUAGGGUCAGUUAAAAUUCAGUAUUCAUGGAUAAAUUUUUAAAAUGAAAAAGAUAAGUAUGGAAGAUAUUGCAGAGACAUUAAAAUGGUUGUAUGAUGCAGGAAAAGAUUGGAAAGAGAUCAAAAUACAUUUAUCCACCAACACUCCUUUAGUUUUUUUAAACUUUAAACUUUUUUAAACUUUGGUAAUUUCUGCCCUCUUCCUCUUAUAUAAAUGAAACAAACACUAGGCAGCUACAUUUGUUCCCCAGUCAUUUCACUUUGUGUAAAGAUAAUAAUAGCAUGCAAACAGUUUUGGUUUUUUUUUCCCCCUAGUUUUAAACCCUCAUUUUUAGUGUAAAUCAGCAACUGGUGUGGGAUCUGUGAGAGCAUCCUGAGGUCAACAAUAGCACAAAGGCUCAGCAAUUUUCUCUCCAAGGGCUGAGCCAGGGCUUCUGUGUGCCAUUUCCUGGCAGGAGUGAGUAGGCCUGCUGUAUUUCUUUUAACUGCUGGGUAUUUUGAAAUAAGUUACAGUGUUUUACAUUUUCAAAAGAGAGGAAAUAAAUAUUUGCUGUAUUGGUUUAGCAUCAAGAUUAUGAUACAGUAUGUUAAAAAAAGUUAUUUGUUUAAAAAAGAAAUUGUGGUAAAAUGCUGACAUCCAGUUCUAUUAUGUUUUAAUACAUUUUUCCAUUCCAAGCCUAUGUGAAGUGGGCUGGUUUGAAGAGAGCCAAGAAUAGCACCAGUUGGACAUUGGUUUGAAUAGGAGGCCAGUUAUAUUUGGUUUUAUGGCCUGGUAUAUUUUGGACUUAAGAUGAAAUGGGGAAAAAAAUCACAGCAAUGGUCCCUAUGCAUUUAUUUUCAUAGAUACCCUUAAUUUCAUGGGCAUGUCGAACAAUGAACUAUAUUCUAACUGGAGUCUGGGGCUUAUUUUAGAUAUUGGAUUGUAGCUUUAUUACAGAUGGAUUUUAUCUUUAAACAUUGCAUUUUGAUCAACUUUGUAUAUUCAUGUGUAUUAAAACAUUGUACACUAAA